UUCGUGGUGCAUUCUAGUCGGGUGCCGCGUACCGGUAAUCCUUGCUUGGAUCACGUGACGGAUCGCUGACAGGAGACAGCUCGCCACGGCGAAGCCGGAACGUCGCGAAGAUGCUGACCAUGUCGACUCUGAUGAUGCCCACUACGAUGACCACCAUGACGAAUCCUGGCCCUAUACCGGCGCACAGCAUGCCGCAGAAGAUAGAACCGCCUAAGCUGACCGCAGCAGCUACGCUCACCCACACGGCAACAGCCGGCAACAAAUCAGAACACUACCACAUAUUCGUAGGAGAUCUGAGCCCGGAGAUCGAGACGCAGACCUUGAGGGAAGCCUUCGCUCCUUUCGGCGAAAUCUC